AUGUCGGAAUAUUGCAAUAAUUGUUUUUGUUGUGGUUGUUAUCUAGUACCACGAUAUAAGCGACUGGUUAACAAUGUUUUUCCACAAAAUCCACAACAUGGUCUCGAUAAGAAUAAUCUUGAACGAUUACGUUUCUAUGCAGUUCUCAAGCCCGAAAAACUUGAUAAAUCGUUUCGUUACAUGGCAGAAAAAGUCGCACGUUAUUUACGACAUCGAAAUAAACCUUAUGUCAUUCUUGGGAUAAAAGCAAUGAAUGACACAAUGAAAUCAUGUUAUCAGCAGUUAAAUACGUUCGUUGAUCAUUAUCUCGAUGCAUUACGUCUGGUGUUAGAAGAAAAAAAUGACCUAGAAUUAACUGAACAUGCUGUUUCUUCGUUCGAAUCGUUCUGCGAAAUUCGCGAAGAAGCACCCAAUUAUCAACGAAAUUAUGAAUUUUUCGUUGAUCGCUUUACAGAACUUUGUCAUAACAAUAGUGAUGUUAAUCAAACAAAAUUUCGAUGUCUCGGCCUUCGUGGUCAUCAUGCACUGAUUCGAAAAACAGCCAAUGAUGACUUACAGACUGACGUCUGGAAACACAUGGAUAAAAUCGUUCCAUCGAUCGUUUUCAAUAUGGAAGUCCGAGGAUCGACUCGUCUUUCAACUCCUAUGACACCGACAUCAUUUCCAGAUUAUGUUGGUGGUAGCACAACUUCUGAACAGAUUGAAUUGAUUGAACGUGGAACAGCAAUUGUUAAUGACAAUCCAGCUGUUCUAGCCGAGAUUGUACUACGCGAUUUGUUCUGUCGAGCCCAUUUGAAUAAUAUAACUGCGUGUGUCCAACCUAUUCUAACACAUUUAGAUAAUCAUGCCAAAUGGAUUCCCGUUGAUUUUCCAAAAUAUAUCUUUUCCGGCAUUAUGAACUCUAUUAAACAUCAUAAUAGUUAUUUGGUCAUUGAAUUACUUCUUGGUCAUUUAGAAAAACAUUUCGAUCAAAACGAUACAACGAAUAUAAAAACCUCGAUCAUGAAUGUCAUUCAAGAUUGUAUGGUAUUUGCUGCGGCAAACACCGGAGCCGGAUCGACGAUGUUUGCGGGCAUAUCGCGUUUGUUGAAAUUUUUGAAGAAAUCCUUCCAAAAUCAGAGUUCGCUAAACACAAACUCAUCCACAAAUAAUCAGGAUGAACGUGAAUUUCAAACAGCUGUUAUCAACGGCAUAGGAGAUUUUGCUGAGAAACUACCCGAUUUUCAGAUGAUGGAAAUUAUGCAAUUUAUUGUUACGUCCUUACCAUCAUUAAAUCAAGGUUAUGAAGGAACAACAAAUGAUUCCAAAACGGCUAAUUUGAAACUUCAAUUGCUUUUACUCAAAACCGUUCAAAGGGUCGCAGCAACAUACCAGACUGUUCAUCGUCGAGAGACGUCCACUCAAACAACGUUUCCUCAUCAACUUUUCGAUCCACUACUUAAAAUGAUGAGUGCGCCCGAGCCAGAAAUUCGAUUGAUCGUUCUGGAAAUUCUUCAAUCACUAGUCGAUCGAAGACAAUAUGGAGACAAAUUGCGUAAGAUCAAGUUACCAAAAAAUAUAUCGCAAAUUGAUUUACCAAUUGAAACGAAACCAACUCGUCUAUUUGACAUUGCAUUUAUGAAAAAAUUUGGUCGUCAAUUUCUUUCCCAACUUUAUCAAUCUAUCUUAAUGGAUAACAAUACCAAAGAUAUUUUCCACGCGAUUUAUUGCUUGAUGAACCUCGUUACACUCGAAGGUGGAGACAAAGAUGUUCUCGUUGAUGUCAUUCAUUUCUGUUUUGAAAUUCAAUCGACUAUCACAAAAAUGUCUGAUUCCAACGGGAAUCUUAAUCAAACUUCACACCGCAAACUCUCUCGUGCCAAUCAUUAUAGUAUUCACGCUUUAAUUGCUGCUUAUUUUAAUUUAAUGUCAAAAUUAAACGAUAUCAGAUCAUUUUCUCAUCAUGUCGAUGAAGUUGUUCGUCUUCGUGAAAUCCGUGCUCCGUAUCUGUUACCUGUAAAUGCAUUUGAUCAAACAUUCGAUGAUACAAUAUCAGAUCACAUUCCGAAAGAAUGUCUCUUUUCUCAAGAAUCCAUUGUCAAUGCGCUCGAUGCAUCAGGAUAUGACACAUCAAGAUUCGAUCGCGAAUUUCGUCCAGAACCAUUAGAAAUCAACAAUACUGCUGGUGAAAUUAAUGAAGAUUCGGAAACUGAUGGGUCAAUCAUCAGUGAAACAGAUACUCGUGCAACAUUUAGCAAUGAUAACUGUGUCGAAGAUAUAUCAUUUCAAACAAUACGCGAUGUGUUUAAUGCAGCUGAGUCCACGCGCGAUCGUCAUGAUGAAAAACGACGUUUGAUCGAAGAAUUCCGAACGAAACCAUUCGAAGAAUUAAAAUCUCGUGUCAAUGAGAAACAACGACAAGUCGAUCAAAGAAUCGGACAACUAUUGAAUGUUCUCUAUUUAUCCAAAGAUAGUCUACCGACAUCAGCAACAUCAGUACCAACAAGUAACGGAACAACUCCAAAGAAUCUAACACCAACUCCAAGCGAAAAGUCAUCGAAAUUACAUACGAACAGUUUCAAAUAUCCGGAAUUGUUUACUUAUUGA